CAGUGACCGAAAAUGUUCCCGCUUCUUCUCUGAGCCUUCAGCUCACUGAGUAGACUCAAUCCUCCGGUCGUCUCCAAACCCCUUCUUCCCCAUUCCUCACUUAACCCAGAAGGCAAAAAUGUCGCCUUUACCUCCUGAGACCAUCCCGAGGAAGAGGUUCCUAGGGUUCUUGAUUUGGCAAUCCAUCCCCUCGACACUGCUUUUCGUCUCCCUCAAUGCCCUCUUCGCCGUUUGCUCGCCCAGACCCACCAACCCCACAUCGGUAUCGUCACGGGUUGUGGCUUUCUUCACCUCCGUAGUCAUGUUUCAGCUCUCGCAGCUCCUGUUCUCGGCGUCCCUCUCCUCCCUCUCAACACCCUCCCUCAGCCGCCCCGCGUCGCCCCUCGAGCUCGGCUUCGUGCUUGUCCGCCUGGCGAUCGGCUCGCAGCCGCCGGGGCCGCCCCCUGAGGGCCGCCGACGGAUGGAGCUGUCGCUGAGCAUCGCCGCCUUCUUGGGGGCGUGUGCUGUCUCGGGUGCGGUUUCAGUAGUGGCGGUGUGUUGGGCUCUGGGAGGUGGGAGUUUCAGUGUGAAAGUUGUGGGGUUUAGGGGUUUCGCAGUUGGACUGUUUUAUGGUCUGUUCUAUGUUUAUAAGCAGAGAUGGAUCUUGAAAUUUCCAAUUAUUCAGCGUCCACUGUUCUUCAGCUUCAAGAUGGGAGUGCCUUCGGCUAUUGGAAUUGCUUUUAGACUUUCUGCUGUAGCUUAUGUCUUUUCGGCCGUCCUGUUGGCUUUGGUACGACUCCAUUUCAAGAUUCAGAUGCCUGGGGGAAGGUUGAUGUUUGAGCGGAUUAUCUUCUUCAUCGGGAUGUUUGUGGUUUUUCUCUGCUGGGAAUUGAGUCACCACUUACACCAGGCACUUCACACAAAGAGGUCCAUAUUCGCUCCACCAAGAGGAUCAGCUGCGGCGGAAACAAACCCAAGUGAACCGCUUCUUGCAGCACUUGAAGAGAGCAGCCCCCAUUCUCUCGUGCAGUAUCUUGCAUAUCUUGAUCUCUGCAUGUUAUGUGAGAGUAAUGUUGACACUUGGAGGAGAGCUGCCUUCUUUGAAGAAACUGGUGAGACUUACAAAAGAGUUAUAGCUGUUUGCUUGAGGCCCCUAGAACGUCUUGCAACAAAGUUGACUGAAGGUCUCGAAUCUUCUUCCGUCGAUAUAACCUUGCAACAAUCCAAUCAGUUGUUGCUCCCAUCAAAUGGAUCUCAGCUCGAGCUACUUAAAGACUAUCAGUUAUAUGCAUGGAGCGCAAGAACGGUGGCUUCUCUCACUGCCCGUUCUCACUCUGAGGACAGGUUUGGGAUUGCUCAGCUUUCAGGAAGCAAUGCCUCUGUUGUCUCAACCCUUCUCUCUUGCCUUCUUGCGGUUGAAACCUUCUCCGGAAAGAGGACCCACUUACAAUCCUCGCAUCAGCUGGUGGGGCCCGGCGGCAUCAGGUGGGCUGCUCCAAACACAGGGAGGAGGGACUUCCCGAGCAGCGUGAUGGGCAAGAAGAGAGGCUCCCCAUUACACUCCAGAGCUUAUGCAGUAGCCGAUGUUCUCAAGGUUUCCCUAUAUCAGAUAGUGUCUGCAUUUUAUGGCGAGAUGCAGGGUGCUGCGAAAUCAGGGCUUCUUGAGAGGGACUGGAUCGUUUCAAGUAAGCCUAUUUUUGGCACUCGCGAGGCUCUACUGCAGAAGUUGCGGAUAUUCUUGGAUUAUAAAGCUAGUUAGAAGGUACACGUGACAUUUUGCCGAUCGAGUCCUCGUUGUCUGUUCAUCCAAGACAUUGUGUACCGUUGCCAAUUUUGGUAUGAGAAAAGGAUGAUGGUGGGGUUCAUGCAUGUUGUUCCACAUACAGGACGUGCUUCUAAUGAAAUCAGAGUCCUGUUACAAUAUCGA